CAUCCGAAUGCAGAGAUGCCGCAGUGGCUGGCGGCGGGCGCGCAAGCGGCGGAAUAGCAGCAGCAGCAGCCUCACCAUCAGCAGCCUCACCGGCAGAAGGAGGACAGCAAGAGCAGGCAAGGCAAGGCGGUGGCUCCUGCCUCUGCUGCCUUCUGCUCCUGCCUCCAGGAUCUCGGGGCUCUCCCCGCGCAGCCACGCCGUGCACCGACACGUGCGGCCCCCGCCCGAAGCUUUUGGCAUCUUAACUACACUCUGAUAUUGUUUGACCAUAUGUGUUUGGGUUUUCAUUAAGACAUGUGACCAUCAGGAGGAGGGUGUUUCUGCACUGAGUAAACAAAAGAACCGUUUUAGUGAGGAUUGCCAGCUGCUCGGAAUAUUCUUCUCAUCUAUUCCGUUUGUGGAUCUGUAAUACAUGCCCUGUAGCCCAUAAUGGGAGCCUCUAUGGAGCUUGUCUUCUUUUCAUCAGCUGUCAUCUUUUGUACAGUAUGGUGGCCAGCAGAGAGCACUGUGAGGAAUUAUGGACCAGUAUUUGAAGAACAACCACGCAACACCCUGUUUCCAGAAGGAUCAUCAGAGGAACAAAUAUUGUUGACAUGUCAAGCACGAGCCAGCCCUCCUGCAACCUACAGAUGGAAGCUGAAUGGCACAGAGAUCAAAAUCGAGACAAAUUCCCGUUACAGGUUGAAUGGGGGCAACCUAGUGAUAAGCAACCCAGUGAAACUCAAAGAUGCUGGAUUCUACCAGUGUGUGGCAUCCAACUCUGUGGGCACAGUAGUCAGCAGAGAAGCUUAUGUUCGCUUUGGCUUUUUGCAGGAAUUCUCUACAGAAGAACGAGAUCCAGUGAGGGGUACCGAAGGCUGGGGAGUGAUGUUUACUUGCAGUCCACCACCACAUUUUCCUGGUAUUGAAUACCGCUGGUUUGUGAAUGACUUCCCCAAUUUCAUCUCAACAGACAGAAGACGCUUCAUCUCACAGGCAACAGGAAACCUUUACAUUGCUAAAACAGAGGCCUCUGACCUUGGCAACUACUCCUGCUUUGCCACUGGCCACAUUGACUCUUUUAAAAAGAGUGUUUUUAGCACAUCUUCUCAGCUCAGCCUUGUCAGAGAAGAUUCUAGACCAUAUGCCCCAACCAUUAAAGCCAAGUUUCCCUCUGACACUUUUGCUCUGGCUGGGCAAUUGGUCUCUUUGGAGUGUUUUGCCUUUGGGAACCCUGUCCCUCAAAUAAGAUGGAGGAAGUUGGAUGGUGGUCAAUCUUCCAGGUGGAUUACAACAGAACCUCUCCUGGAGUUUAAAGAGGUCAGCUUUGAGGAUGAAGGCACUUAUGAGUGUGAGGCUGAGAACAUCCAAGGAAAAGACACCUAUCGAGGUCGCAUCAUAAUUCAAGCUCAACCGGAAUGGCUGAAGGUCAUUUCGGACAAAGAAGCUGACAUUGGAGCAGACCUCCACUGGAGUUGUGCUGCAGCUGGGAAGCCCAGGCCUACCAUAAGAUGGCUACGGAAUGGACGGCCAUUGACUUCACAGAAUCGGAUUGAAGUGAAUGGUGGAGAUUUGAGGAUUUUCAAGUUAACAAUGGAUGACUCUGGAAUGUAUCAGUGUGUAGGAGAGAAUAAACAUGGCAGCACUUAUGCAAGUGCUGAAUUGUAUGUACAAGCCUUUGCUCCUGAUUUUCGGUUAAACCCUGUGAGGCGACUGAUACCAGCAGCUCGAGGUGGAGAAAUUAUAAUCCAUUGCCAACCAAAAGCUGCCCCAAAGGCUAAUAUAAUCUGGACCAAAGGAACCGAGCUUCUAAAUAAUGGUUCCAGAAUCACUAUUACUCCAAGUGGCACUUUGAUCAUCCGGAACAUUAGCAAGUCAGAUGAGGGGAAGUACACCUGCUUUGCUGAGAAUUUCAUGGGCAAAGCAAACAGCACAGGAACCUUGUCAGUUCGAGAUGCCACUAAAAUCACUCUUGCACCAUCCAGUGCUGAUAUUAAUGUUGGUGAGAACAUUACUUUGAAGUGCCAUGCUUCUCAUGACCCAACAAUGGAUCUCACAUUUACUUGGUGUCUGGAUGACUUACUCAUUGACAUUAGCAAGUCUGAAGGCCACUACAAGCGAGCUAGUACAAAAGAAAAUAUUGGAGACCUUAUGGUCUUGAAUGCUCAGUUGAAACAUGCUGGCCGAUAUACUUGCACAGCCCAGACUGUGGUGGACAGUGCUUCUGAAUCAGCCACCCUAGUUGUAAGAGGGCCACCAGGGCCUCCUGGGGGACUGGUAGUCACAGACAUCAAGGACACCACAGUGCAACUGAGCUGGAGUCGAGGCUUUGAUAACCACAGUCCGAUAGCCAAAUAUGUCAUCCAGGUCCGCACACCUAUCUUCUCCCAUUGGAAGCAAGCGCGCACCAAUCCUGCAAAUAUUGAAGGUAAUUCAGAGACAGCCCAAGUAGGCAAUCUUAUUCCAUGGAUGGAUUAUGAAUUUCGGGUCCUGGCCAGCAACAUCCUUGGUGUUGGAGAGCCUAGCAUGCCAUCUGCAAAAAUCCGCACCAAAGAAGCUGCUCCCACCGUUGCACCAUCUGGGCUCAAUGGGGGAGGAGGAGCACCUGGAGAACUGAUCAUCAAUUGGACGCCAAUGCAACGGGAGUACCAAAAUGGAGAUGGCUUUGGAUAUAACCUUACUUUCCGAAAAGAAGGCACUCAGGUCUGGAAAACUGCAACUGUGCUAGGUGCAGAAUCACUACAUUAUGUGUAUCGCAAUGAGAGCAUUGCACCUUAUACACCAUUUGAAGUGAAGAUCAAGGCCUUCAACAAGAAGGGAGAAGGACCUGAAAGCCUGGUGUCUAUUGUACACUCUGCAGAAGAAGAACCAAGAGUCGCUCCCUCCAACAUUACAGUAAAUAGUGUUAUGGCUACAGAAAUGGAUAUCACUUGGAAUUCUGUGGAAGACCAUGAUAUGAACGGAGUCCUCCUGGGAUAUGAGAUCCGAUACUGGAAGCAUGGUGACAAAGAAGAGGCCGCUGACAGAGUGAGGACAGCAGGCCUUGUCAGCUCAGCACAUGUGACAGAUCUUCACCCUAACACGAAGUAUCACGUGGCGGUCAGAGCUUACAACCGAGCAGGGACUGGGCCAGCCAGCAAUCCCACAAGUUUCACAACAACAAAGCCCCCACCAAGAAGGCCACCUGACAACAUCUCCUGGAAGUUUUCCAGCUCCAGUGUGAGCAUCAAGUGGGAUCCUGUGGUUGCCAAGGCAGAUGAGUCUGCUGUUACUGGCUAUAAGAUGCUGUACCAGCCUGACUUGCAUUCAGCUCCUAUCCUGUACAAAAUCAGCAAUAAUUGGAUUGAGAUCCCAGUCCCAGAAGACUCAACUCAUGCUGUGGUGCAAAUCAGAACAACAGGUCCUGGCGGAGAUGGAGUUCCAGCAGAGGUGCGCAUCCUGAGAAACAGUGGCACAAGCAUGAUGGUGAAAAAUUCUGCAGCCCAUCCAAUAACACAGACAGCAGUUGCCCUGACUCACUCACUAAUAAUGUUUGCCCUAAUUGGCUCACUGGAGCUCUGAUGGCAGCCACCAAGAUGGAAGGCUACUGGAGGGCUACUCAUCUAGCUGGAGUGAGUCAAGCGUUGACCAUUAGGACUACACAUUUCUACUAUAAAUCUCUACCACAACUGAUGCACUGCACAGAGUGGCUGAUAAAAAAAGAACUCAAAAGGAAAAUAAUAUGUUUUCUUUGUUUUUGUUUUUUUAGAAAAUAAGAACAUUUCAUACAGUAUUUGAGUCUUUAGCCAAUCAAAGAUUUUUUUAAACUGAAUAAACAAAAGGGUGAAUUCCAUAAGAAAUGUGGAAACAGGAUUCUCAUAUUACUGUAUUCAGUAGAUUCUUCUGCCUUACAAAGCCAUGUGCAAAUGUAAUCAAGACUUCAAGAACUUGAUCUUUAUUUUUCCUUUUUUUAAAUAAACCAAACCAGACUAAAUACAGUAUCUUGUAGAGGAAGGUUUUCAGAGUGAUGACCAUGUUCUAUAUCAUUCCAGCUACAGCCAGUUACUGAAACAGAGACUUUGGUUUUCAGAGUACAAGGGAACCUACGGAGUGGCAGUUUUAACCAAAUCAUCUCCUUUCAAGGCAAGUGAUUGAAGCUCACAAAGCCCAUGGAGACUGGCAGUCCUCUCCCAGCCCCAAACAGCAGAAGAAAAUGGAACAUUGUGAAAUGGGUUGGCAAAAGGGUGAAACCAAUGGCUCAUUGGAGAAUACAAAAAAAAUUUCAGUUGCCUUAUAAUAUAACUACUGCUACCUGUACAUAUUGCUUAUAAUUUUAUUUCUGUGCUGUUCCAAUAGACACAAAACUAAUUUUUCCUCUCCACAGCCCCCCCCCCCCCCCCGAAAAAAUCAACAACUCUUAACUUGGUUCAUUCCCUUCAGGUUUUCUUCCCCACCCACCCUUCGAGUUUUGAAGGGACAAGCAACAGGGAUCCUGUUAGCAUCGCAACAUAGGAAAAACUAGCAGGUAUCUUUUGGAGUUUGUUAUGGAAAGGGGAAUUCAAUUCACCACUCCCCCCAUGCAAUGAUCCUAGGCUUGUGCAUUUCUGCUAAACCUCAAUCUGUUUCUGCUGGCCGGAUACUGGUAGACCCCCAUAUUUGUUUUCACACAACUCCCAAAAACGGGUGGGUAGCCGUUUUUGGCCCAUAGCUGAAAACUCUGGCUAGAUCUGGCUCAUUGGCAUCAGUGGGGAACUGACGAGGCUCCCCUUUCCAUUCCUGGGACCCUUUCCUUUUUUCCUUCAAGGGAGACUUGGUGUCAACAAUGGGGUUAAGAAGCACCCUAUCCGGCCCAUUGUGUGUGUGUGUGGGGGGGGGGACUUCCCACAGGUCCCCUUCCAUAUCCUUCAUUAAGACUUGGAUUAAAAGCAUUAGAGUUACUCUUUCUGUGAUCCUUUUCCUUCUGUCUCUAGAGGAGACCGGAUUUAAUGCUUUGUUAAAGCUGUUUCUUUCUACUCUAGAGGAGACAGGUUGCAUGCAUGUGCACUCUCUCCCCGGACACAGCUUUCCAAGGCAUUUAAGUAGGCUUUCCACUUCCCAGGGAAGAAAGAGCUAUCUCCCUGGGCUUCCUUUUAAAAACCCUCCUUUUUCUCUACUGCAGGUCUUGUAUUGAGUGGGCAUGCUUCAAUCUCUGGGUUUAAUGCAUCCUUAAGGCUGUUUCUACUUUCUACUCUAGAGGAUAGGAAACUAGGUGGUAGUAGUUUUCAGAGAAUGAGGGUUUCCUUUUUGUUUGCUAGGAAUAGUAAUAAUAAUUAUUAUGUUUUAGAAGUAUUUGAAGAAGAGGAAGUGAAGGAGAAAAAAAGUUAAAAGGGUGAUUCCCCGAAGCCCCCAAAUGCCACCCCACUCACCGUCCCUGCACAUCCCCAAGUCCCAGUCAGUCCCACUAAAUAAAAAGAAUCAAGAAAAUAAAGAAAAAUAAAAGAUUAAACUGUGGUGCCGAAUAGAGGAGGAAGAGAUAGGCUGCCAUGUGGUACUGUUUUGGAUGGGAAUCCAUGAUGGCUGGCCUCUUGCCAUUACGGGCAAUAAAAAACCACCGAAGAAGCCGGAUUGGCUGAAGGAAAUGGCUAAAAAUCUAUCCAGGCUGAAUCCUAGUAAUCCCUACUAUAUUGAAACCUCUUGUUUGUGCAAACCUGAUAGAUACAACCAUUUAGUGGAUAAUGGAAAGCAGAGGAUAGGAGAGAAACAUUUGAUUAUGUCCUAUAGGCAGAUACACAGCAACAUUAUCUGGAGUCAUCAGAGAACCACAGGCAGAUCCUGGAGGAUGCCUUUGUUCUUGUGCACCCAGUUUUAUCUGGGUGGCCCUGUAUGCAGUAAAAGAGCUCUACACAAAAAGAGAGUGGUAAUGAACUGGAGAACUUUACUUUCCCAUCUCAUGUAGAUUCUCACAUCUGAACAUAGUAGACUCCAAAAAGUUACUGAAGAAACCCCAGUGGAUCUACCCGAUAGACAUGCGGUUAUCAUCUACCCAGGUUUCAGGGAUAUGAUGGGGAUCUGAGAGUAUGAAUAUAAAAGAGUGUUUCCUAUUUUCCUGUGCUUGGUAUGAAAUAGUGCUUUGACAUGUUAUGAGAAUAUUUAUGUGAUUGUCAAAUAUUUGGACUUUGUGAAAAAUUCAUAUGUACAAAAACAUUGCAAUUAGGCUAAAUAUAUUUUGCACAAAAACAUAUUCGUUGAUAAGUUGACAUGUAACUUGAAGGUGCACAUACACACAAAUCCCUGCAAAAAAACAAUGGCUGGUAUUGUGUUGGGAAUUUAUACAAACCAAGUUGGUAUUGCACAGUUUAGAAGUGAUUACAACAGUAAGAUACUUUGAAUGGCAAGAUGCCCUUAUGAAAUGGCAAUGAAAGAGAGGGAAGAAAUGCUCUCCACAAAUAAAUCCUAAAAGGCACUAGUAGUCUAGAACACAGAGCAAUGGAAAGGCAUGGAUGCCUUGCACCCAGCCAGAAAUAUAUCCCCACCUUUCAUGAUUCCAAAGUGUGGCACAAUAGGACAUCUUUCAUAAUGCCCAAAUAUACAUCACUGCAAUAUUCUAAUAAGGUUGUUUGCUAUAUCCACUAUAUUAUCCACUUUAUUACAUCAUAAAGUUUUACAUCCAUGAUGCAGCACUUCUGCAAACACUUUGUACAAAAUGUUAUAUAAAACAGUGCUUUUAUACAAAUUAAUGCUUUGCGCAAAAUGUCCUGAACUGCCAAGAAAAUAGCUACAUGUUCACAAAUUCUUCUAAUCUUGUUUAAUGGUGAGGAAGCUUCUGGAUUAUUUUGAUCUCAUAUGUCAGAAUUAAAUAAGAGACUAUUUACAUCCCUAUCUGAGAAGGAGUUUUAUCCACUGUUGAAAUGCCAUUCCAUCUGGUUGAGAACCACUUCUAUAGAUCAUUCUCAAAAUUAGGUUUCAGCUCCAUUGAACACCUGAAUAAAGUGUAAGAAUGCUGGCUGACAGAUUUACACUACUCCCUACACUCGCUCAAGUCCCCACUUUAAUUGUUAAUGUUUAUUGCAGAAUGAUAUGUCUAUAUGCUUGAUCUUCAUCAGUAUGUUUUACAUCCACAUAAUGACAGAAUAAGGAAGGGAUAGUCUCAGCUUCCAGUACCUUUACCCCUACCUCUGCCCCUUAUAAUACUAGUCUGGGCAUCCUAUUAUGAAAUAGAAAGAUUAUGGUUAUUGCCUGCAAAAUAUUAAAAUCCAGCCAUGCUAGAUCAGAAAAGUUUUAAAUAUUCCAGUAUUCUAUUCCCUGGUAACUAAGUCCAUAAACUGGAAAUUAUCAUCUAAUACUCAAUUAGAAUAGGGACUUUACUGGGAAUAUAGACUAGUGCAGGAGAAAAGUCCUGAGAACUUCAGCCCAGUUGCUAGAAAGGGAAUUCAGAAAUCAAUACUUAGGACUUCUCUGAUAGAACUAACAAUUGGAUUUCAGUCAAAGACAAUGGCACUCUCCCACUUCCAAACUGGUACUGAGAAACAUCCUGAUUCCUUCUAAUACUUGAUUUAUUACAUAGCCAUCAUAAUUGGUGCUCUUUUUUCAUAGUUUUCAUAACUACUAGAUGUUGAUUGGAUUGCUGGGAAGCCUAACAGAUAGAUGAGCUGAUGACCUAGAGUGCCUGUUGUAUAAGCAGUUAAACAACCAUUGGAUCCAACAUAACUAGGUUGAUGGAUAAUUGUGUGUGUGUGCCUUCAAGUCAUCUGCUGAUUUCUGGAGACCCUGUGGAUUUCAUAGGGUUUUCGUAGGCAAGGAAUACUCAUACUCAAUGGUGUUUUGGUCAGAUCCUUCUUUUGAAAUGUAGCCCAUACCACCUGACACCAUUGCCUUCUAUUCAGAUAAACAUGGUCUGACCCUGCUGAGCUUCUGGUGCAUUAAGGUUAUUUAGGCAGAUAGUUAAUUAACUACACCAGGGGUCCCCAAACUAAGGCCCGGGGGCCGGAUGCGGCCCUCCAAGGUCAUUUAUCUGGCCCCUGCCCUCAGUUUUAUAAUAUAUUUUAUAUCAUUUUAAAUAAUAUAAUAUAUUGUAUAUACAUAUAAUAUUGAUAAAAAUAUUACAAUGUUAUACAAUAUAAUAUUAAUAAUACCAUGUAAUAAUAUUAAUUAUAUGAUAUAUAUUACAUAUAAUAUUACAGUAUAGUGGUAUAGUUCAAUAUAGUAAUAUAUAAUGCUAAUAUUGUGCUGUGCUAAUAAUACAAUAUAUUGUAUGUACAUUCAGCUGCUCUGAGUCCCCUUUGGGGUGAGAAGGGCGGGAUAUAAAUGUAAUAAAUAAAUGUAGUAAAUGAAUAAAUAAAUAAUUUUAGACUUAGGCUCGCCCAAAGUCUGAAAUGACUUGAAGGCACACAACAACAACAACAAUCCUAAUUAACCUGACUAUCUCAUUGGCCAGAAGCAGGCCCACGCUUCCCAUUGAAAUCCUGAUAGGUUUAUGUUGGUUACAAUUGUUUUCAUUUUUAAAUAUUGUAUUGUUCUUUCAUUGUUGUUGUUGUUUUGCACUACAAAUAAGACAUGUGCAGUGUGCAUAGGAAUUUGUUUGUAUUUUUCCCCAAAUGAUAAUUUGGCCCCUCCACAGUCUGAAGGAUUGUGGACCGGCCCUCUGCUUUAAAAGUUUGAGGACCCCUGAACUACACUAUUGUAAAAGUACAUAAGAGCCAGUGUGACUCAGUGUUUUGCACACUGGACUACAGUUUUAAUUCCUAUGCGGCCAUGGAAACCUAUUUUCUUAGUCUUAGAAGAAGGCAAAUCCUCCCUGAACAAAACUUGCAAACUCUCUCCGAUAGAUUCACCUUAGGGUUGUCAUAAAUCAGAAACAGCUUGAAGGCACACAACUAGCCAACAGUGAAAGGCAUAGGCUGUUGUCCAGUAAGAGCAUUAGUGAUAUCUUCAAUUGUAAUAUAUAAUUUGCCUUUAAGUGUCCUGUACUUUCUGGUUAUUAAAAGCUAGGCCUUCAGUAUUAUACUAUGGCUCCUUUCAGACAAAAAGGUCUUGCCCAGAAUAGACUUUAAAUGAAAAUGGAGUAGGGUGUGGUAAUAUUAGUUGUAUAUAAGCCUCAUAACAUACUGGAUUAGAAUCUUAAGGGGAUCUUGCCUUAAAGGAUUGGAUUGUUUUCUAGCAUCUUACGUGCCUGUGACUUCUGGUUUCAUCAGUUGCUGUUAUAUGUUUGUGUGGCAGACAGGUUAGCCAGUACUAUGUGAACGAGAGAACAUCUUAAGCAUACUGUAAUGUCAUUCAUACUAUAAUGCCAGUUUAUGGCUUUGGUGUCAUGGAAAAAUUAACUUCAGGAGAAAAAGAAGUUUAUGUGGUUGUUGCUUUUUAAAAACCGGAGUUAGUUCUAUAUAUCAGUACCAAAUGUUGAUAUUUCGUCAAGACAAAGUUUCUGUGCCAUUGUUGUUGUUCCAUCACCAUCCCCACCACCACCACCAUCAUUUUUUCCUUAGAACUGGAACAUAUGAUGGCUAAUAAAUCAAAAUGAUUAUAAUAGUUAAAAACAUACAGAAGAUUAACAUUAAAUAGAAUUAAACUGUUAGCACCGUUAAAGCACUAUUAAAACAAUUUAACACAUACACUUAAAAAGAUAAAAGGCUGUUUAAAAACUGUACAAUUUAAAGUGUUAACUUUCUUUCCUACAAGCCUUUUCUUUAAAAAUGUCAUUUUAAAGGCUUUUGGAAUUAGUCUUCACCUGCUGAUGAAAAACAGUGAGGAGUGGGCCUCCUUAGAAUGGGGGCACCAGAGCUUAGAGAUAGGUGUUGAGAAGGCCCUCUUUCCUGACCUCACCAUCCAUAACUGGGACGGUGGUGGGAUUGUAUCGUAAGAUAUACAAUUGGCCAUCCAUUUUUGCAGAAAUUAAAGCUGCAGAACCCCAAUAAAAAUUGGAAAAAAUGGGCUCCAUAUACCAUAUUAACACACACCCAUCCCAUCCCCUUCCCCUCUAUCCCUUGUGCAAAUGAAUUGGUGAACAAACACACAUGCUCAUCCCAUCCCUUCUCCCUCCUGUCCAUACGUGUGAACAGGAGAAUGAAAAGGUGACCAGCCCUGCUAGUUUGAUUUUCCUCCUAUCAAAACCCACUAAGUCCCAUGUUAAAAAUGAUAUAUGGCAGCAACAGAGGCAAAAACAAACACCAUAAUCUGGGAGUAAUCAACUCUGUGAUUGCUGAAGUUCUAAUGUGAAGUACUGAGUAUAAUAUUUAUGCAUUGUAUAGUAAGUUCUAAAUUAUGCAUAGCCUUUGAAAACUGUAGUUUUGAAGAUUUUCUCACACCAAGAAGAAAAAAAUCUGAAAUUAUUUGUUAUUAUCUUCAUGAAAAAAACUUAAUGAAGAAUUAUAUCCAUAGCCCAGACUAAGCUUGAUAGGGUUUUAAGGGUCAUAAUAAUCACUUUGAAUUUUGCCUAGAAAUAGAUUGGGUGCUAAUUGAAAGUACACUUGUAAAAUUCCAUACAUCUAGGAAUAUGUAGUAAAUAUAAACAAGGGAAUGCUUUGUACAUUGAAUUCCAUCUAAUUCAUUCACAUUUCCACUUAAAAUGGGACAAAGAAAAACAAGGAUUUCCAUUUUUAGAGUCAAGAAAGGUAUCUCUAAAUUUUCCCAAGAAGGUUAGUCUUGUGGCACUCUUAUGUUCUACCACACAUCCAUGGGAUGUUCUGAUUGUAAUGUCUAUCUAAUAGCAGAAACUGCUGUUAGGGCUGAAUGCUUUUGUUUCUAGCCCUUCCUUCUGUUCUAGCUGCCUUCAGCCUACAUGAGAAGCUCAGAGAAGCACUUUAGCUUGACAGCAACUCUUUCCAGGAUGCUAAAGGGAGAGACUUGUGUCAAGUCACCCAACAGCCUUCAUAGCUGUGCAGGGAUGUAAACCUUGGGCUUCCCCUAUCCAAACCUAAUAUAUGAGCUAUUGUAUGACACUUACUCUGCAGUAUGUUUACUGUUCUGCAUUCUCUCAAAAGAAAACAUGGAAUCUGUAACAAACAUGUGCCAAAAAGGACACUUGCUUUGUUGCAUGAAAUUAUACAGAUAGUAGCCAAGCUUCUGCUUGAAUCUGGCAGAGCUCUAAAUCUCUGCCAGCAUACUUACGCAAGGCAACACAUGCUUCUCCCUUUGCUGGCGGCUUUUGAUGCCAUGCAAAAAUAGUCAAGGGGCAGCUCUGUUUCCCCAGUCAUUGGUUCAGCUGCACUGGUCUUGAGCACUGAAAAGAGAAGGAAGUGGCUCCUUCACCAAUAUGAUGAUGCUAUCACACUAGGGCUUUAAAGCAGGCAGCCCCACAUUCUAGCUGCCUGCACAAUUCUGGGAAAUGUAAUUUUGAAAGACGAUGACCUCUGUAGCUGAUAAUUCAAAAGGCCCCAUCCUAAACUACAUUCCCAGAAUUCUGUUGGCAGUAGAAAUACAGGACUACCUGCUUUAAAGCUCUGGUGUGAUAAUGUGGUUGGACUGCUGUGCGGUUAUUUUUGUGGACUGAAACUCCCAGAAUUCUAUAACCAUAACCAAACUGGCUGGAGAAAGGGUAUUCUGGGAACUGUAGUCCAAAAAUUGCAGGCCAAAAUCCUAUAUAGCAGAUAUGAAUGCGUAACCUGACUUACAGAUUCUUGAUUGCUUUGCAUUCACCAUCCCUGAAUGCCCCUAAUUUAGGAGAUGCAUCAGGACCAUGAACAUCUUUCAGUCUUCACUUAUUGGGAAAUAGCUUCUACAAUUGAUAGGGAUCUGUCUGUUCACCUAUCAUUCAAGAAGCAGCUGGCUGAUGGUCCACUGUAAAGCAACCAGUGGCACUAGAGGAAAUUGAGACUGGGGUCAUGUUUCUUCCUGUUACCCCAGAGCUCACUUGCAGGAGGGAUCAGGAAUGUUUGUCAGACCCCAUUGUCCACAGUAGCUGCUGACAUGUAAACAGGCAUUUGGGUGGUUGGACUGAAAUUCACAUAUCUCCUAUAGUUAUAUAGCAACAUAAUGUAUAAAGGAUUCCGACUGUAAUUUUUGAGGCCCAGAUUUAUUUUAUUUUAUUUUAAAAAGAGCAACAAUAAAACAAACAGCUAAAUACUGACAUUUGUGCUGGACUGUCGAAUUGUUCCUUUUGGGGUUGGGGAUUGCAAAGGAAGUGACUCAAAGGCUUGACCUGUAAACCAGGAGAUACUUGAUUAACAAUUAGACUCUGUAGUUGGCAUAGUCUCCUAAUUUUGGAAUCUCAUCUGUAUUGUGAAGUUGAUUUACCUUACUGGUUUAUUUUUGGAUUCAGCCAGAUACAAUGGCUGAAAUCCAAAUGUUAAACCCAAGUAUGUGCACCAACUGAACUAAUAGGAAUGUGGUAAAUCAACACAUGUAAUUUCCAUUGAUCCAAUGGGUCUGCUGUAGUUAGGACUAAUAACUGGAUUUAGCCCACUUUAUAAUGAGCAUACUGAAAUGGCGCCCUUUCAUAUUAGUUUUUGCACAAUUUCCCUUAUUGUUUGCUUGAAAGGCCAAAUAGAGUUGCGGCUGUGAGUAAACUGAAUGAGGGUGCAUAGAAGGUCAGGUGCUCUCCCUACAAAAUGGAGAGUCACAGAUCACAGCACCUGUAUAGUUGUGAUAGGUACAGGCUCUUAACUAGAAAUAUGCGAGAAUUAGACAUUUGUGCAGUAUAUAAAUGAUCUUUAGUGGGAUGCAUUUUAGAUCAACAUAUACAGCCUCUAAAUAAUCAUUCUGGAAAAAGCAAAAAGAUAUACCUUUGUUGUAUUCUAGUGUGACGUCUGGCAUAUUUCAAGAGUCUAAGUCUUGUGAUCACUUUGCACAGAGGCUGUGCCAAUAAAACAAUCCUUUGUCCAGUAUGUAAUGCACAAAUGGGACAGAAAUAGACUUGCUGAUCCCAGAGGCUCUUCACUUUUUUCCAAAUUUCUAUUUCUAUGUGGAGGGGAGGUUAGACUAGUGAGGCAUUAAUGCAUUUCCCAUGUAUUUUUCUCAAUUGUAUGAAUCUGACAGAUAAUAUUUGUGACGCGAUGAAUGGUAAGGACUGCCCCUAUUACAAGUUGGCCUUGUUUCAUGAGUGUCACUCUGGAAUUUAGCCAUACAGACUAAUAACCUGUAAAAAAGUGCUUCAAAAUAUAAAAUACAUUUAUGUAUGAUCAUAGCCCUUUGAAAUUACUUUUGUGUAUGGGUGUGCAUGUGUAUUUAUGUAUAUAUAUAUUUAUGUGUAUAUUUGUUUUAUAGUUUGUAUUACUUCUCAUUCAUUAAAGCAUAUUCUUUUUGUUACAUUUACAUGUGUAUGGCAACUUUUCAAAUAUGAAUAAAAACGUAGUCCAGGUUU